UAUUUCUGAUUAGGAUUUUGGGAGCAACGAAUGGUCGCCUAUAAAAACCCCAGCCUGUUUCCCAAAAAAUUUAGUUUGCUCUUAAAAGUGAAGACUAAACACUACAAAUCAAAAUGAACUUCUCUUGGCUUUCGGUCUUCAUCUUGGCCAUCAUUGCUGUGGCUGUUUCGGCCGGACAAUGUAAGGCUCCAUUUAAGAAGGAGGGACCUAGCUGUGUUGCCAAUCGAACCAUUCGCGGAGAAUGCCCAGCAGGAUCGCAAUACAGUGCCAAAAUCAACAAAUGUGUUCAGAAAAAUUAAAACUAAAUGUGUUAAAAUAAAGAUUAAGUAA